AACGUGAGUUGUGUCAGUAGAAGGGUAGUUGUGAAACCGGCUCUGACAAGACCAAAGUUGCAUCUUCAAGAUUGGGUUGUAAGCUGUCAACCCUGAGAAUAACUUCGGGAAACCCGGGACCGUGGUGAUAAAUUGGACAAUAAAAGAUUGCACGAUCAAAUCUGGACGAAUAUGUCCUCGAUCAAGGAGGAAGGUAAAGACCGUAUCAUCUUUGUCACCAAGGAGGAACAUGAGACUCCGAGUAGUGCAGAGCUCAUAGAGGAGGAUCCCAACGAUCCCUAUGAGGAACGGGGUCUGAUCCUGCCAAGCGGAGAGAUCAACUGGAAUUGCCCGUGUUUAGGUGGGAUGGCAAGUGGUCCUUGUGGGACAACGUUCAAAGAUGCCUUCUCCUGCUUCCACUACAGCAAGGAGGAGGUGAAGGGUUCUGACUGCCUGGAGCAGUUUAAGGGCAUGCAGGAGUGUAUGCAGCGCUACCCUGAGCUUUACCCCCAGGAGGACGAGAAGAAAACACAAGCAGGGGCUGCUGAAACACAGCCAUCCUUGCAAGACUCUUCCACUGACCCAACCACAGAUUCUGAACCCACAACAUCCCCUGAACCCACAACAUCCCCUGAAUGCACAACAUCCCCUGAACCCCCAACAUCCCCUGAACAAGACACUAGCCCCACACUGUCCUCCCCCCCUGCUGACACCACAAUACCACUCCAUUCAGAAAGCUCUGUGUCAGGCUAAAGACUGAUCUUUCUCAUCAUUUCAGUGGAAGUGGGGUUAUUUCUUGUGGGUCUUCAUUUAUUUACUGCUCAAAUGCUUGUAUUUGCGAAGGUGUUGGGGGGUGUUACUGAUUAUACAAAAAUAUGAUAAAUGAAAGUAUUUACUACCCACCCCCAAUAGUCUGCACAAGUUGUCUCUUUUGUUACCCCUGUAAACAAUUUAAAACAUUUAAUUGUAAAAGUCUCCCCCCAAAUGAGUUUUAUAUAAUUACAUUUAUAAUAAUAUAGUUUAAUUGGUUGGUGUUUACCUACUACUUUUGUACAUCCGUUCAUGCCUGUGGCUUUCCUUUUGUAUUUGUAGAUUUUCACGUGCCAUGUUUGGCAGUGAAUCCAGAUAAAUGUAGCUCAGUCGAUCAAAGCCUGCAGAAGACUGUCAAAUGGGAAAAUGCUGUAAAAUUCCAUUAUCAGCAAAUAAUUUUUGCCAUUCUCUGCCCCAUGGGACUUGAGCUUGAAUAGAAGCACUAGAAUUGAGAUUCUUACCUCUUUUGACUUUGUUUGACUGACUUUUGAACUGGCUGAUUAUUGCAUAAUGAGAUAUUACAAAGUAAAAUGACUGAACUGGCUUGAAGUAAAGGAUGAAGUAAGGGGUUAUAGAUGUGAUAAUAAAUUGUAUUAUUUA